AUGACGGUGAGCUGUUGGGCGUUAAUAUUGAGAAGCACGGUGCGGCUGGAUCCAACUCCAAGCUCAAGAAUUGUAGGGCAUUUACAAGUACAAGGUACAUAUGGUGAAGAUGACUCCCAGCUGCAAAGCCAGCAAGCCAGCAAGCCUGAUAUAACAACGCCCGUAUCUGUUCAAUGCAACGCAACAGUAUCAGGCACAAAAGCGACCAGGGCCUUGAACAGAUCAUCAAGCCUAUCAAAUUGCAAAUCAUUCAGGUCGCAAAAGCUGCACGUCGUGCUGGCUGCCUCACUCUUAGUCUUAUCCUUGGACCCCGCGGCGUUUAGACCCUAUUAG